AUGAAUAGUACGUUGCAAAACAUUUUAAAAUGUUUAGAGAACAAUCGGGAGCGAAAAGGUAUAAAAUCAGGCAAUCUCCCGAUAUCGACUCACGCUCAAAUGGAAAUAUUUCAAAAUAUCGGCCAUGACGAAUUUCAAAAACUUGUAAACUACUUGAAGUACAUCGGAGGAUUCAACCUGAAGGAAGCUGUACACUUAUGCUUCAAGGAGGCAAUGACAGAUGACAUAACGCGGUCCUUUACCUGGUGGGGUCGCCAAGACAACUCACGACCUUUAUAUAAUACUCGCAUUGUUAUAGCCAUCUACGAGGCAGUAUGCGGUAAUCGACACUUCAGCAAGCCUACACGUGCAGAAUUCCAAGCACAAAUGCGAGAGGCAAUACGGACGGCAAAGCAAAGGUGCAGAAAUAGGACACGUGGCCCGCUUGGACCGAAUCUAAGAGAGCGCAAUUUUUGGACUGAGGAACCACAGGAUCUGCCGGCAGCAGAGGACAGCGACGAAUAA